AUGGCCUCUAGUUCAGAAUUUCAAUCUGUUCCAAUCAGUGGGGGCAAAAAUUUUAGUUGGGUCUUCCUUCUGGAUUGGAUUUUACUAGUUGUUUUAUGCCUAAGUGUGAUUUUUUACGUUGGAAGGGCUAUUGCAUACAUUACAAGUCUCAUAUUGGAAUGGCUCCUUUGGAAAAGAGCACAUAUCAAAGUAAAUAUAGAGUCAUUACGAAUAUCUCUACUAGGGGGAAGAAUAUUUUUCAAAAAUGUAACCAUUAUACAUAAAGAUUACACAAUAUCACUCUUACAGGGUACUCUGACAUGGAGAUACUGGCUCCUCAAAACAAGAAAACCAUCAUACCAUUUGGAAAGCAAAGAUUCUAAUGGUGUUACUAUGAAGAAAAAUGAACAACUCCCGUGUAGAUUCGUGUUGCAUUGUGAAGGUGCCGAAAUAUUCGUCUAUAAUAGGACAUGGUCAUACGACAAUAUAAUUAACUUAUUCUCCAAGGAAGAAAGAAUCAAGUUUCAGAAGUUUCUGGAUGAACAAAUAUUUAAUGAUCAUUCGAGCUAUUCGAGCAAGACUACAAACGGUGCAAAUAGUAGCACCGGUGAAAGCAAUUCUGACACAAAGCUUAAUGACGAGGAUUUUGUUGAAUCAGGCUACAGUUCACAAUCAACCUAUAAUCAGAAUAAUGAUAGAAUUUUCGAUCAGGCAAAAUCCGAUAAGGACUCACUAUUUUUACAGACAUUUCCAGUAGAAAUAGAGGUACACCGUGCUUCUUUAGCUUUUGGCAAUAAGUUUACACCGUCCCUUGUUAUAAUUAGCAGCGAACAUGGUACAGGUAUAAUAGAUUAUUGUCAACCGAAAGAAAAAUUAGAUUUGUAUAAAAUGAAGCUUGCAAUAGAGACACACAAUUUUGCUGUGACGGUAAAACCAAAUAUUGGAUACAAAGAAGAAAUGUUGCUAAAAUUCAAAAUUGAUAGAGGCAAACUGUCACGACUAUGGAAAAGAUUCACACCAAUAACUGGUAUAAUAACAAGACCAUUAGGAUUGACUCAGAGAAAGAAAAAACGCAACGAACCACCUGAUUUGUUUAUUCAAAAGUGGCAAGGUCUUUCUCUAUAUAAAGGAACAAUUUUUGAACCUACAACUGAUGAUUUGGAUGAUAUUCAAUUCGAUUUCUUAAAUCAUGAGUAUGCAAAAUUUAGUAGUGUAGUAAAAUGUCCAAAAGCAAUCUUCACGUACGAAUAUGAUAUCCCAGGUUGUGUACCUCAUGGUGCACAUCCAACAAAUUCUGAAAUCGAUGGCCCUGAUGUUGGAAAUAAUGGCGCACCACCAACGCACUCACUAGAUAUCCAAAUAUUCGGAGGAUCGAUAUGUUAUGGUCCAUGGACUCAAAGGCAGAUGAAUUUCAUACAUUCAAUGCUAGCACCCGCAGUAUCGAGAACAGAAAGUCCAGUUAAAAGAAGGGUACCAGGCUCUACGAGAAUAUACACAGCCACUAAGCUUUCGAUAUCUAUAAUGGAUGAUACAACAUGGCGCAUUGCAACAAGAGAACCAAGUAAGGACAAUAUAUUCUUGAAGCAUUAUAAAGAAACUAAUGACGAUUACAGACCUUUUGGUUGGAUUGAUUUGAGAUUUUCAAAAGAAAGUUAUGCUUAUUUCACCUUUGCUUUGGUUCCUACAACGGAAGGAUUCAAAAAUGACAUUAACAUUCAUCUCGCGCAAAAUGAAAUAAGAUCAAGUGUAAAUCAUGAUAUUUUAAUGAAAUGUAAAUUUUUUGACUUCGAUAUCGACGUUUCAUAUCCUUUGGUUUGGAAUGACAGAGCUACAUGGACAAUUGAUAUGAAUUCAAACCAAUUGGAAACCUUUUUAUUAAGAGAACAUAUCACAUUGAUUGCCGAUACACUUACAGACUUUACAUCUGGUGAACCAACACCGUAUGAGUUAUUCAGACCAUCUGAAACCUUUAUUAACUGGAAAAUGGAUGCUUACUUCAUUUAUCUGAACGUGAAUGAUCACAAUAUUGUUAAUAACCCGCUAGAUUUUAAUGAAAAUUGCUAUCUGUCGCUGCAUGGUGAUGACCUAUUGAUUAAUGUUACAAUACCCAGUGAAGAUAUUACAGCACAAUUUAACGAAAUUACAUACAAUAUCACAACACCCAUGUUCAGGUUAUUAUUAAACACACCCCCUUGGAAUACAUUAAACGAAUUCAUGAAAUAUAAGGAAGUCGGUAGAUCAUAUGAUUUCAGUGCUAAAGGUUCAUACUUACUCUAUUCAGAACUAGAUGUGGACAAUGUUGAUACCAUUUCCAUUAUCUGCGAAAGUAGAGGCACAACAUUACAAUGCUAUGGGUUUGUAAUAAGGUAUUUAGCGAACGUCAAGAUGAACUAUUUUGGUGAUUUUUUUAAUUUCAUCACCUCAGAAGAAUACACGGGUAUUACAAGAGAUGAAGAGCUUGAGGAAGAAUUAAUAUCAUCCAAUCUAUCCGAUAAUGAGGACAAUGGAGACGUGUAUUCUGAUGGAGAAAGUGGUAUGGAUGAUGCGAUCUCACAGGAAAUACCAGAAAGGACAACCCUUAAAAGAUCUGACUUAAGAAGGACAGCAAAUGAAACAGAUCUCUUUUUAACUUUUUCUGUGUGGGACGGUGCCAUCAUACUCCCAGAAACAAUUUAUAACUGUGAUAAUUGUACCGCUCUCAAGUUCGGUGAGCUUAUUAUAGAUCUUAGAAGCAGUAACUAUUAUAUGGAUUUAUUGGCUUCCUUAGAGGAUACCGUCAUGGAGAGGUACACGGAAAAGAGUCCGAUUGACAUUUUUAAAUCAGUUCUACAUGAUAAUAGAGAAAGUAGCGAAGCUCAAGGGUUUUUAUCUGAUCUAUCUAUUCAUGGUCAUAGGAUGUUUGGCUUACCGCCCAAUGAACCCACAUACUUCUGUAAAUGGGAUUUUGACAUCGGCGUUUUGAAUGUUAACUCAGAGUUUGAUUUUUUAAAGGGAUUUUUGACUUCUUUUUCUCGAAUAGGUUUUGGAUUUAAGGAUUUAGAAAAUAUUCUGCUAUACAGUAAGGAAGUCAUAAAUGAUAUGACUUCAUUAACUGUAAAUGCUCAAGAAAUUUCUGUGAAUUUGAAGAAUGAGGUAUCUGGCAUUGACAUGGCUCUGAAAACACAACAUGUAAAUUUCACAAGUAUCGACUUUGAAAGUGCGAAUUAUUCGAGCAGACUUGAUCUAAUCAUACCUUCUCUAAAGAUGUCUAUGUACGGUCUUGACAUAGAUGGUAAGAAGGCACGGCUGUUUAACUUCACAACAAAAGUUCACUUAACAGACUUCGCACAAAAAAAGAACUUCAAGAGACACCGGUCAAUGCAGCGGAAUUAUAUAACACUUAAUGAUGCUGCUUUCCACAGGACGUCAUUCUUACUCCCGCAAAGCUUUCAAAAAAAAGAACUGUACAACGAGCUUUAUGGAAGUAUUGUACCAUCCUCUUCGCUACCGGUUUUGGCACUACCCAUCUUACCUAAAACCGUAGAUUUCAUACUGGAGGACUUCCUAGGAGAGUAUGUUUCACUUCUUGAUGAUCGUACUAUUUUCAGAAUGCCAUUUGGGUCAACCAAUACGCCUAACCAAGCUAGCACUCAUCACGAAGAGGACAUGGAUCCACUUGAAUUUAGCAAUAGCACUGUAUCAACUGAAAAAAAUUACCAAUGCGAUAACUUAGUGAUAGAUAUCGAAUACAUUUCGGUUGAAAUUAAUCCAUCAAUAUCAACUUAUAUUGAAAGCCUGUCAUCUACAGUAUAUGAAGAAAACAUUGUUCAAGUCAUUGAUGAUAUCGAGAUUGAGACAAUUAAAAUAUUGAGCACUUUUCAAGAAGGGACUUCAUCUAUUACAAAUAUCAAACUCAGGGUGUUAUACUCUGAUAUAUAUUGGGGCGAGCGGGACAGAUAUGGUAUAGAAUUAUAUCUCGAUAAAUUGGAUUUCGAAAUGUCCCAAAGAAAUAUAGAAAAAGACAGAGAAAAAGGACUUUUGGAAAUUACUAUGCUCGCCAAAACAAGGUCAAUAAGGGCUUCAAUAAGUGAGGAAGGAUCCACCAAAAAUGAGAAAGAAAGGCCUCCUGCCCUCUCUUUAGUUGUUGAGGGCUGUGAAUUAUGGUCCGCUACUGCUGAAAAACAGGUUAAUUCAAUAGAUACUAUAUCUACAGACAUUACCAUUGAUGAAUCACAGUUGGAAUGGCUGUUCCUUUUUGUAAAUGAACAGAAUCAGAAUUUACAGAACAUCAUUACAACUCUCAACUCUGUACAGGCCGAACACACGGUAUCCCGUAGAAAAUUAAUAUCAAAGCUCACUGCAGCAAAUGACUUUUACCAAAUCAGUCAUGAUCCCUAUGUCAUUACGAAACCUGCAUUUAUCACUAGGCUUUCUAAAGGUCAUGUGAGGGAGAAUAGGAGCUGGAAAAUCAUUACACGUCUACGCCAUAUUUUAACAUAUAUCCCAAGUGAUUGGGAGAGUGGUGUGGAAAAUUAUUUGAAAGAAAAAAGCUUAAACGAUCAAGAUGAGGCCAAGAAGGUCUUCAUGUCUGUAUUUUCCAACUGGAGAAAUUGGGAAUUUUCUGAUGUUGCAAGAUCAUACAUUUAUGGAAGACUUUUCCUGACUAACCAGGCUGAAAAACACAAACAAUCAAUGAGAAGGAUCAUCAAAGUCAACUUAUCUUCCUUCUUCUUAACAAGCUACACUGCAGGUUAUGAUAUAGAUCAAAAUUUUGUGCUAACCAAUGCUAAUAUAGUUUUUGAACAGACUCCACCCUUUACAGAGGCAGGAGUUAGUCGAGAGAAACUUAUCAAUUUGACAGGUAGCAUAGGCUCUGUCAAAGGAAAUUUUAGUGAUGAAUUACUCAGGCUUAAGGAAUUGAUCCCGCUUUUAAAUAAGGAACAAGAGAAGAUGGAACGUAGCCCAUCUUUUCAGGUAGAUAACAUUCCCAAGUCGUUCAAAUUGAAUGCGCUACUUUUGUUUGAGAAAACUGAAGUACAGCUUGUUAUUGGUGAAAGUAAACUAACGAAUAGGAUCUUAAAUGGUAAAGUUAGUCUCUUAUUGGAUCAUCCUAAGGAAGCUAUAUCCCCUGCCGGCUCAAUUAUUUUAUAUGCCAAACGGUCCGAAACUCUUAUUACCCACAGAAACACAACAUUAGUGGAAAACCAGGUGCGAGAUUUUUCUUUGUCUGCAACUGUCGAAUCUUGGUCAUCCAAACCAACUGUUUUAGUGAGCACCCAAUGUGCACAUUUUCAUAUUAAGUCUAUGGCUAAAACAGCUACAUUAGUGAACUCUGUAAAGGAAAUGGUUCAAACUGUGAAAAAUAUUGAUAAGCAACUGAGUAUAUCAGAUAGACUCGCAGAAGGAGAAAAUAAGAGUCCAAAAAAGAAAUUAAAGGACGUCGAAAUUGAGGUCGUUUGUCAACUGUCUAAUGUUAGUUUUGAAAUAAUGCCCAUUUCUCCAUUCUAUAUAAGGCAUGAAACGAAAAAAUUUGACUUAAAAUUUAAGCAAUUUGGUUCCCAAAAUGUCAUGAUUGAUGUAUGGGAUACCGACUUUUUUUUAAGGUCCGACCUGACAAAGCAACAGUACUUUAGGAUUUCCUUUGGUGAUUUUCAGAUAACAUAUAAUCUUAUUGAAGGUGAAUUUAUUAUUGUUGACGCAAAUGUUUCAGCCUCCAUGAUCAAACUAACAUUUUCUGAGCCAAAUAGAAUACUAUCAAGUUUUUUGCAGGAUGAACGAACCGCAUCAGAAAGCUUCAAGUUAUUGAAAGCUUUAAAACCUUUUUUGCUUCCUCAAACCGAAGGGCGCUUACAGCCUGCCACUACUAAAGAAAUGAGAUGGCUCUUAGACACAGAUAUCAAAUACUUCGGCAUUUUGGUGCCCAUAUCGACAACAUAUUUUGUAUUUGAAACGCAUGCGCUGGUCUUGUCCAUGUCAGACAUUGAUACUGAGAAAUACACCGAGAAAGACGAAACACAAAGUCAAGUUUCUAUUGAAAAUGUUGUUUUCCUAAUAAAAGAUCGCGGAAUUCCCUCAGCUCUCUCUAGAAUGUUGGAUUUUUCGAUAUCAUUUUCUACAAUCCAGAAAAUGAUGGAAUUGGAUACAUCUUUCCAAGUUGAAAGUAAUCAUUUCAGGAUUUUUUUAUCUCCAUAUUCUUUGGUGCGGUUGGUCUGGGGUGGGCAGCAAUUUUUGGGUCUAGCGAAUUACUAUAAAGAACAAAGAGGUACAGAUCUGUGGGAUAUUAAAGCAUCCAAGCUAAAAAAAGAAAAAAAAGGUUCAUCUUCAAUAGGUAUGAACAUGUCGUCCUUCCAUGUCCUCUCAUAUAAUUUCUGUAUUGGGUGGAUGUUUCCCGAAGCAAAUGCUUCUGCGCCAGGUAUAAUGCUUGGCUUCAGCCGUUUGUUCUCAGCUUACGAAGGAGGAUACGGUAAGUUGACCUUGGUGGAUGCAUUUUUCUCUGUCGCUCGUGGAGCUACGUCUGCAACUUUUUAUCCUCGAGAAAGUGAACUGGAGAGUGUUAAUAGAAGUUAUUUACCAAAUAUGCAAAUUGCAUACUGGGUAAAAAAAUCCGGUUUAAUGAAAGACGUCUUUAUUAGAUUUCAUGGAGAGGCUUUAGAUGUGAGUUUCUUGACGACUUUUAUCACUGUUAUAGAAUCAAUGCUUCAAUCUUUCCAAGUAUUUCAGGAAUUAAAAACUAGCUUGAUUCAACCUAAUACUAGCACAACAGAGAAUAAUACUGAGCCGAAAAUAAAGAGUCUAGCACCAUUCUUAUCGAAUAUCAAAUCGGUCAACUGUCAAUUUAAAUAUGAUGGUGGUGUUUUCAAGGUUUUCUCAUUUGAAGAUAUUGAAUCACACCUUGAACCAUCUUUCGAAUUGAAGACACCUGGUGUUAUAAUAGAUUUCAACUAUAAGCAUAACAUAGGAAGUCUGAAGCCUCAUUGGAUACGAGCACUCGUUGCAAUUGGAUCUACUCACAAUACGCUUUUUGCCGUUUGUGCUCCGCUUAUAGCAGAAUUUCUGGAGCAUAUCCAUGAAAUGGUUAAAAAGCACAGUUCCAAUACUAAACAUGAGAGUAUAGCCACAAAUCUUUCAAAAGCUCCCUCUCAAAAUAUUGACUACAAGAGAUUAUUGGACGGGUUUGAUAUAGCAUUUAAGUUAACUUCAAGUGAACAAAAGUUGAGCUUGAGUUGCGAACCGAAGGCAAAAGUGCAAGCGGAUGUCGGGUUCGACUCUUUUAUCAUAGGAAUUGUAACUAAUAAUCUAGAUGAAACUGAACCAUUGACAUUCUCAUUAUCGAUUAAAAAGACGAAGGCCUCUAUCAAGCAUAUAUUUUCAAAAGAGACCAGUACGUCUUUUGGUCUAGAUCUCAUCGACUUGAAUUUUAUGUUCACACAUCCGGAUAUUAUCAAUAUGUACGGUACUGGUCUUAUAUCUGAGGUCGAUCUAUACUUUAAUGUUAAACAGCUUCAGAAUUUGUACCUGUUCAUAGAUAUUUGGAAGCUAAGCAGUUUCAUCAGACCGGGCCCUAAAGGUAAAAGUAACAAUGGUAAGCGUGAAAACAAACAUUUAACAUUACCACAACCAAGUAACUUAUAUGGCGAAAUUCCAUGGUCUUUCACAUUAAUUUUUACCAAUAUUAAUGGCAGUGCCGAUUUGGGUCCAUCUUUGGGAGUAUUAUCUUUGAAGUUAAAACGUACAUGGGUAGCUUCAGACCAUUAUCAAGACAAGCGACAAGUAAUAAGAGCAUUUACAGACUAUUUAUCUUUUGUUUCAAAAGGUAGACUUAGUGGUAUCUUUGAACUAGAUGGUGCAUCUUGGAUGUCAGAAGUGAGUUGGCCAAAAGAGAAGAGGACACAUAACUAUCCCCUCGUUAAUGUUUCAGUAAAUAUAGAUAACCUAUCUCUCAAAGCAGCCUUUGAUUACCAUAUGUUUUUGAUAGGUACUAUUUCAACGGCAAAAUUUAGUCUUCAUAGCGAAAAGGAUAUCGUGGGAACUAUGCCUGAUCUGUUAAAGGUUAACUUCACAUGUGAAAUGAUUAAUAUUUGUUCUACUGCCUUAGUGGCAGCAAACAUAUUAGAUUUGUACAAUACCGUAAUGCGUAUGAGGCAAGAUAAUAAGAUCUUGUAUUUGGAGACUUUACGUGAAUCUGAUACAUUAGAAACAAGAGGAAAUCCUGAUAAUUACAGGGAUAUUCUUAGGUCACUGAACUUAUUACAGACAGAUGUAUCAACUAAUAUACAUGUACUGAAACUGCAAGUCUCUCCAAUAGCAUUAUUUGACUUGGAAGUGUUGGUUAUAAAUAUAGAAAAUAUUUCCGCAAGAGCAGGAACUUUCGCAGGGGAGAAAUUGAAAACUAUUCUUGAACUGGAAGUCUACGAUGGUUAUGUGGCUCUGUCUACCUCUAAGAGGGAGAUAGACGAAGAUACGGUUUCGGCAAUAUCUGUUGCAGAUUAUAUGGAGUAUGCCUCCAAAAUUAGCGGGGGCACAAUUAUUGAAGUGCCAAAAUUAAAUAUUGCGAUGACUUCAUGGCAAGAGGAAAACAGCGAUAUUUUGGAAUAUCUUUAUAAAUGUACCUUUGAGGAUAAAAUAGCUGUGAAGUGGAAUUUAGGCCCCGUUAACUUCAUCAAAGAAAUGUGGACAACCCAUGUGAAGGCAUUAGCUGUUCGUAGAUCGCAAAACGUUCUUGAUACAGAUAUGCAAACAGAUGAAGAAGUUCAAAAAAGGAUAAAAGAAGAAGAAAAUAUAUCAAAACUAAAAUAUGUUCCAAUUGAAGAACCCCGAAUAGAUAUGCCUCAAAUUAGGGACUUGGGAGACGCCACUCCACCUCUAGAGUGGUUUGGAGUCAAUAGGAAAAGGUUACCUGCCUUUACUCAUCAGACUGUAGUUGUCCCAGUUCAAAAGCUGGUUCACGCAGCGGAAAAACAGUAUGCAAGUCUUUUAGAUAACUCAGGAUAA